AUGCAAAAUAAAGCUACUAAAUGUAGAAAAGCGGUUGAAAAAAAUGAAACCCCUGAUGAAGAAUGGGAAGAAUAUAUAACUGAAUGGGUGGCUGAGUAUGAUUCCUAUGAAAAAGCCCGAAGGAAGCUCGUGAAGUUCUGCAAAGGCAAUGGUUUGGAGUCGACAGACGAGGACAGUGUGCGGAAAAGAGUACCAUCAUCGAAAUAUGUUGGAUUUAGGUCUACAUCAGCCCCUCCAUCUGCAGCCUCAGGAAGACCUCCAGUUCAGGCCUCAACAAGUAGGCUCCACACAGAGACAAUGGAAAGACCAAAAAAGAAAUUCUGCAAUAAUGGAGCCAAAAGCCAGACCUUGCCAGCCAUACCACCAUUUCCAUUUCCACCAUCAACACCAGAGACAGUCCCAGAUCUAAGACAAGAUGAAAGAGAACUCCGACUCUUUCAGAUGCUAGAGGAGAUAAAAGGCCAAGUCAGACAAAAUUCUCUUCUGCUUCAGGCAAUUUUGAGAAGAGAGAGUGUCACUGAAGUCAGCAGUUUUCCAGAUUUUGAGUUUCCGUUACAAAAUAUUAAUGAUAUAAAAAAAAUGGAGGACCGGCUUUCUGACAAGGAAACACGGCGCUCUCUGGUAAAACAUCUCAUGAGUUUGGGUGGGACAACAACAAAAGAUAUAAUCUACAGGAUCAUGCGUGAAACAAUCAGCAAUGAUUUAGCGAAAAAGUUUAACUGGAUGGGCAGGGGGCAGAAAAGUCCUUUUUCUGUGUUGCACCUGGCAAAAGUCAUCAUAGAUGCUGCCAAAAAACAAGGGGCCACCUUAAUGGAGGCAGAAGAAAAGAUAAAAACAUGGCUGAAAUACAGCGGUGACCGAAAUGGAGGAAGAAAAGGAGAUCAGAAAAGGUUGUGA